AUGAGUUCCAGCAAGGAUUCAGCGUCCGGCGUUCCCGCCCACAGCAAAGGUUCCUGGACAAGUUUCCUUAAGUCUAUCGCCUCCUUCAACGGAGACCUUUCUUCCUUGACCGCCCCGCCCUUUAUUCUCUCGUCCACCUCCUUGACCGAAUAUUCUGCCUACUGGGCCGAACACCCAGGCCUUUUUGUGGCUGCCGCAAAAGAAGCGGAUCCAGAGAAGAGAGCUCUGGCCGUCUUGAAGUGGUUCCUCAGCACUCUCCACCAGCAGUACUGCAGUCGCAGUGAGAAGCUCGGUAGCGAAAAGAAGCCCUUGAACCCUUUCCUGGGAGAGUUGUUCCUUGGCAAAUGGGAUGCCGAUGCGGAUGUGGGCGAGACCACCUUGAUCAGUGAGCAAGUCAGCCACCAUCCCCCUGCUACUGCUUAUGCUAUCCGAAACGAGAAGCACGGCGUCGAGCUCCAAGGAUACAAUGCCCAGAAGGCAUCCUUCUCCAGCACCAUUCAAAUCAAACAGAUCGGACAUGCCCUGUUGACCCUCACUCCUCCGGGUGCGGAUAAGAACGAUCCUUCUCAGCAGGAGCGGUACCUGAUCACCCUCCCGCACUUGCACAUUGAAUCCCUUAUCUACGGAACGCCCUUUGUCGAAUUGGAGAAGUCCACUCGCAUUGCCAGCAGCACUGGCUACGUGGCGAAGAUUGACUACUCCGGCAAGGGCUGGCUGAGUGGCAAGAAGAACACCUUCAGCGCCAUCCUUUUCAAGGAAAACGAGGGCGAGAAGAAACCUCUGUACACUGUUGACGGACAAUGGUCGGAUUCCUUCGUCAUCAAAGACUCCCGCAAGCAUGAGGUGGAUAGAUUCUCCGUCAAGGACACGAAGACCACCCCGUUGACUCUGGCGCCCGUCGACCAGCAAGACCUCUAUGAGAGCCGGCGGGCAUGGCGCGACGUUGCGGCAGGCAUCGAGCGGGGCGAUAUGGAUGCCGUGUCCGUGGCCAAGUCGAAGAUCGAGAACGCCCAGCGCGAGCUUCGCAAGGUCGAGAAGUCGGAAGGCCGCGAGUGGGACCGACGCUUCUUCAAGCGUGUCAACGACACCGACGAUGAGGAAUUCUGGCGACUUGCGAGAAUGAUCGGCGUUACGUCCUUGGAGAGCGACAAGACCGGGGGUGUCUGGCGGUUCGACCCUACCAGCGCUGCGGACGCCAAGCCCCCUUACCACAAGACCGGCGGCGAGGGUCUGGGCAUUACUGCAUGA